ACAUCACCGAUCACUCGGCCCCCGCAGUCUCGUGGCAAAACAAUAACAAACAACACACGUCGUCGCUCCUCCGCGUUCCGACCGAUUUCUCGCCUCGAUUUCACGCGCGAUUCUGUCGCGGACCGUAACACGCGUGUGACGCGCGAGGCGACGCUCGUGGCGCAGGAUUCGCGCGAUCGUACGCGCACCCGAUCGCGCGAUCGAGGCGAUCCUCUCUCGCUGUCGCGCGGGGCGCGAGUCGAGUCGGGUCGAGUCGAGUCGACGAUUCUGGCGGAGGGGAAAGAAAAGUGAAACCGAGCCUGUACCCGUGGGCCUCGCCGCGACGAUGCCGUCAGCCGCGGAAUAUGCCCGCUGACAGGUAGACGCGCGAUGCGUGCGUGCUGCGUGAUACGCGGCUGGACCAAUAUGUGAUUUCCGACGUGUCCGCACGCCGUUUUUUUUCUCCCCGCGAGCAGGUCAGCUGCCGCCGAGUCUAAUAGCGGAGACCAGGCGGAGAGGCCGUUCCCUCCGCGCGCGAGGCCGCGGAAUCGAUCGAACGACGAAAGCGCGACGAAGCGCGGAGUCUGAGACUGUGCGAGCGCACGGCGGGCCCCCCUGAUAAGCCGCGCGCGCGUUUCCCUUUUCUCGUUAUCGUCCCGCUGGCCGAUUAUCCAGCCGCGGGAGUAACGCGCAAUCGGGUCGUCCGCGCGAUACUCGUCCUCCGAUACACUCGGCGCUCGAGAUCGAUCAGUUUCUUUUGUCCGAGUUUCGGCGCUCGCUUUCUCGUGCGCUCCGGGAGCGCAAUUGCAGGCGCUCUGCCGCGGUUCCCUCGUCAACGCACUCGCGGCCGAUGGACGACUCCAAGUACAGCGACUUCUCGCUAGCCAGCACGAUGGACAGCGCGAUAAAGACGGAGCCUGCCCAGGAGAUGAGCUCGGCGUCGGCGUCCGUCCCGAUACCCGGGGGACACAGGGGCACCACGCGAGGCACGUACGAUCAGUUCUCGCCGUCCCCCCUGGCGAUCUCCUCCGGAUGGGACAUGAGGGCCGAGCAGAUAGAGUACCCCUUCAAAAUGGACCCGGAUCAGAUGGACAUCUCCUUCAAGAUGGACGAUGACGACAUAUUCCAGGUGGACAAGGCCGAGCUCAUCCAGGGCCCGACUCUGGCCGAGCUGAACGCCAACGACGACACCCUGCUGGGAGACUUGAACUUCGACGACCUGCUGCUGCCCGAGGAAAGAGUGCAGCCGAUAAAGAUGGAGUACGCCGCUCCGUUGACUAGCUCUCUGUUUAGUAAUUUCGCGCCUAGCAGCUUCCCUCAAUCCGGAGCGGUUCACCGUAGUUGUCCCACGUACACGAAUACAUGUGGCUUUAAUUUAAAUAGAGGUUCCAACAUUGCCGACAACGCAGAAGCUGUUAGUCCCACUGCAUUUCCUAGUCCGGGCACUAGUAAUGUCGCAGGUAGUUCAACAGCAAGCUCGUCGACCUCGCCGCAUCCCGUAAUUCGGCCCAUUGGAUCGUCCACUUUACACGAGCUACUUAUGAAGAGGGGCGAAAAUCCGUUUAAUAAUCCAGUAUCCAGUCAGGCGGACAGUAUCUCUCCGAUAGGCGGUAAACCUAAAGCCUCGAGGCUGUCCAUGUCUGCGCCAACGCAGACAAUGGGACAUUUGGAUCAAAUCUGGGCCCAUAGGGAGCCGCGACAACAUCUCCUGAGCACCGGCAGCUUGGUAGAGGCUGGAUCGACGAGCAGUUUGAGCACCGGAGGUGCCCUCAGUCCGGAUCCGCUCUGCAUUGACCCUCUCAGUCACGACGAGGGCUACGAGGAUAGUGACGAUGAUAGCGACCAUUACGAUGACUACAGCAGUGACAAUGAUACAGGAGGGAGCGACGGCGAGGAACAGGGUAACAACAGAGUAGGAAGUACAGAAUUAGGAAAAGACAGGCAUAGUAAGAAAGAGAGAUUCUUUUGGCAAUAUAACGUUCAAGCCAAGGGACCAAAAGGACAGCGAUUGAUCGGGCGUGCACGCUUGGAAGAUCCGCAUGUCUUGAACGAAGCAACUGAUCCAGUAUUUAGCCCUCAUUGUGCUCUUAGAGGCAUCAAGCACAGCGGAAAGGCACGGAAAGGCGACGGGAACGACCUCACGCCCAAUCCUCGCAAGCUUCACAACAUCGGACGGGAGCUGGACAAAUUAAAUCGCAUUAUAAAUGAUAUGACACCUGUUUCAGAAUUACCUUUCCCAGCAAGGCCGAAAACGCGUAAAGAAAAAAAUAAACUGGCCUCGCGGGCGUGCCGCUUAAAGAAAAAGGCUCAACAUGAGGCUAAUAAGAUCAAGCUGCAUGGACUUGAGGCAGAACACAAACGUCUUAUACAUGGUAUAUCACAAGCUAAGCAUACGCUCGCUGCUAAACUAUCCGAGUCCAAUCGCGAGACUCAAGACGAGCUUACGCGACAAAUGGAGAAAUGUUUCAAGGUGGCCACCAAAACGCGAAUAGCAAAUUAUUCAACGGAUUUCGUAAACAAAGUGUUGGAGAAUAUUAGAGCCGGUAUUCCUGACGGUGGCAUCGAUAAUUUUUAAUAUCAUAGCGAAUCGUUUUCCUAUAAAUCUUAUGUCUACGCGUGUAUAUAUAUAUAUUUAGAAAAAGUAUGCUAUAUGUCUAUACAAUAUACAUAGGGUAAUGUUGCUUUUUAUCUUUAAAGUUGCUGUUUAAUGCUUCAGAAAGCAGACUUACAGUUAACUUAUUGGUUAAUGUAUAAUUAACAAGUAUCUUAUAUACAUUGUUUCAAAAAAUGUUCAUUGAUGCAAAUGAGAAACGAAACCUUGACAUAUAUAUAUUGGUUUACCUUCUAAACCUUCGAACCGUCACUUUCUUUUCUACAAAAGUAUCUGCAUUUUCGCCUAUUGUAUAUAUUGGUCAGUUUGUACAUAACAUUUUCAUGCAUCACGUAUAAUAGUUUCAAUAAUGUAUUUAUGCAAACCGAGAAUGUUUUUUUUUACAAAUUAGCUGCAAAUGUAUCAUUUGUUUAAAAAAAAAGGUUAUAUCCUGAUGAAAGUGCAAAGAAAAAGUGCCGAACGUCACUUAAUAACUAUACAUAUUAGAGAUAUCAUCAAUGUCCAUUAUCCACAUCCAUCGGAGUUGCACACGCGAUUCCAAAUUAAAUCUUUGAAUUGUGAUAAAUGUGUACCAUACAGCAGAACUUUUGGCUUGAAAACGAUAAACAAUACUUACGUUAUACAGUCAUAUUACUACUCACUUGAAAAUAUUACUCGGCGAUUCUUUUUUCCGAAUAGGUAUAAUUAAUUCUAUUCUUGCAUAAUUACUAAUGAUGAUCAAGGUUUCGGAAUUAUUGAUGGCGGCUGACGCAACAAUACUAAGAAUUGACAUUGAUGAUCUUUUUUUUUUUAAAUGUUCAGACGACGAUGUAGUUUUAAUCGUAAUAGUAAAAGAUUUAGAAUGUGUGCAUUAGGCGCACUUAGAAACGAGCUUUGAAUUACAUAGUUGUUUGCUGUUUGCUGACUCGAUCUACCUCAGAACGAAACGCUAUACCUACGUACAUAUAUACAUAUGUAUAUAUAUGUGUGUAUAUAAAUAAAUAUAUACAUAUAUAUGGAUAUAAAGAUAAAAUAAUGUAUGUGGAAAGAUUGUAAUCGUGGCGCGAGGUGGGAUAUCAUUGCUUUAGAAUUUUAGAAGAGAGACCAGAUAUAUUGUAGCGUCUACGCCUCUUCUGUUCGACGAUCGUUUAGAGCGAUUGUACGCCGCGAUUAGAAUUAUAAUUAUAUUUUGCUAAUCACUAAUAUACACAUACAUAUAUUUUAAAUAUGCAAGAUGUUAAUCCAUAUUAUAUUCGUACUAAUAUUUUUUUAAUCACUUUUUGUAUGUAAAGUUGCGCUAAAGAUCAUAGUGAUUGCGAGAGAAAGAAGAAGAAAAAAAAACGUGUGGAUAUAUAGUCAUACGAUUAUAUACAUAUAUAAAUACAGAUGUUGUAUAAUCCUUAUCGAAUCGUUAUGCAGUCUAAUUUAUUGUUAUGCGGGGUACCACCGUAGGUUUCAUUCGCUGUGUAUAUGUAACGUCGGCAAAAGUUUAAUGUGUUGUAAUAUCAGUGUAGCACGAGACGUCACUCCGAUAUCACCCCGUAAUCACAAGCGUGCGGGAAAUGUUGCGUGUAACAAGAAUAUAUUCUUUUCUCUUCUUUCAUGGUGUGCAAUACGCGCGCGUUCGUGCGAAAGGCGCCACUUUAUUGUUCCGACGAUGACCCCGAUACUUUAACGAUGGUGUGCUUUGCGUUCGUUCGCUCGCUCGCUCGCUCGCUCGCAUAAAACAUGAAAUUGCAAUUAACGAAUGCGAGUGCAUUCCUGGCGUUAAUCGUGCUAAUCGAGUUACGGCAAACGACCCGAAGACGAUCAGUUUGAUCAGAAUGUGUAAUGAUGGUUGAAUUAUCAUUUUUAUUCUAAUAAAAAAAAAACACAUGCGAACGGCAA